AGUAAAUGGAUACUUUGUGCUAAAUAAUAAGAUUUUGGGACUCGACAUAACACAAGAAAUUUGUGGACUAGAAGAAUGAAUCUAUGCCUAAAAGCUUUUGUCUUCUGUCAUGUGAAACCGUCACAAUGCAAAAAGUCAUAUCUCAUAUAAAUCAUCUUUCCUUAACACAUUUUCCUUGCUUCCACCUCCCCAGAACAAAUUUCCUGAUAUCUCAGCACCCACAGCAUCCUCUCUUCCCCCAAUCCAUCAUGGCCAAGGCACCACUGGACCUAGACCGGCCCGCCACCCGAACUGCCGUCCGGGCUCACUCCUCUGCCUCCAAGUCCAAUCAUCGAGCUGCCGCCGGCGUCACGUGCUCUCACUACUCCCCCAUGCUCUCCCUCUGCCUACUUACUGCAUGUGCCAUCCUCUUCAUCCUCUUCAACAUCCAGAACCUCAAAGUCCCGCCCUCUUCCCUCCGGUCGCCUACGUCUCCGCUGCCGUGGACAUCCCUCUCCCUCCAGUGGCAGAAGCUCGUCAACAGCACCCCCGCCUGCCUUGGCAAAUCUAAUGACAGCAAGGACAGCGUCCAGGCCAUCAGGGACAGGCUCGAGCUCAAGGCCAUGAAAGAGAAGCUCCGUCAUUCGGUCACUUUCCUCCCACUCAAGGACCUCCGUUAUGCAGACAAGGCCCUCGUAGGCCACACGUGGUUCAUGAGCUCGAUGUAUGACACACACGAGGAAGAAGAGGUACAGUAUCAACAGUUCCCCUCAGAUUUGUCCCUUGGGAGGGUGUUGUGCCUCAAGGGACGAGACAACCACGACGGGUCAUGGAACUCAUAUGCACUAGCAUGGCCUGAGACCCUGCCCUACAACGCCACCUACAUGCCGGGCCUCACGUUUGUGUCGUACAACCACUACAACUACGAUAACAUCUGGCACGGCUUAUCAGCUAUUUUUCCCUUUGUGGCAUGGCACCAGAUGAACCGGUGCCAGCCCAGCCCUGACAGGUGGGUGCUCUACCACUGGGGGGAGCUCCGGUCCGGGAUGGGACCAUGGCUGAGGAAUGUGACGCAGGCGACCUUUGAUCAGCCGCCCUACAUAGAGGUCUUCGAUGGGCUGGAGGAUGACUCGACCCCAGUGUGCUUCGAGAAGGCAGUGGUGAUGAGGCACAACGAGGGUGGGAUGUCGAGGCAGAGGAGGAUGGAGGCUUACGAUCUGAUGAGGUGCAAGGCCAGAGCAUACUGCGGGUUAGGUCCUGUCCGAGACUUUGGACUGGGAAACGAAAGCCAUCCAGGAGUCUUGGAUAUCGGGAUGACCAUGUACAUGAGGACCGGUCCAAGGUCAUUUAGGAACGAAACGGCAGUGAUUAAGAUCUUUCAAAGGGAGUGUGCAAAGGUCGAAGGAUGUCGCUUGAUGGUAGCUCAUUCCAACAACCUCAGCUUCUGUGAACAGGUAAAGUUGAUGAGCUUGACAGAUAUCCUAGUCUCGCCCCACGGUGCACAGCUGACAAACAUGUUCCUGAUGGACCGCAACAGCAGCGUGAUGGAGUUCUUUCCCAAGGGCUGGCUCCAGCUUGCUGGCGUGGGCCAGUAUGUCUACCACUGGAUAGCCAGCUGGUCCGGGAUGAGGCACAUGGGUGCAUGGCGUGACCCUGACGGGGAGCACUGCACUUACCCUGAGAAUGACCGGCGCUGCAUGAGCACAUACAAGAGCGGAUUGAUUGGGCAUAAUGAGACCCACUUCUCUGAAUGGGCCCGAACAGUCCUCGCCCAAGCGAAGGCAAGGAAGACCGAAGAGGCUCUCAAGAACAACUCUAGCAGCCCAUCUUCUGGUUCGUGCACUUGCAGACCAUGACGAGUUCAAACAAAACUGCACAAAAUUACGACGAUCACAAUUGCACUUGGCCCGCAUCACAAGAACUCAGGAAAACACCUCUUUCACUGUUUUCUCUUUACAUCAAAAAUCCAGAAAGGUCUCCUGCCGGCAAUUUAGUUUAAUUGACAACGCAUGAUACUGCAAAGCAAAUGGUCGGGAAUGACCAAAGCAAUCUGUUCGGCCAAGUUCCCAUCAGCAAGAUAGUUGUAACUUUUGAAGAUAGAAGAGAUGCCAUCAGCUCAAGGUUGUUAGCACUGUAAUUUACUGGGAAAAUGUCUACUGAAUUUUCACAUGCCGUCAAGUUAGUUCAUUACUACAAUGUUUUGAUCAGGAACAGUAUAGAUCAAGCCAAUAAAACAGUGAUUAAUCCUCAAUAUAUUUCAUUAUCAUCACUCCAACAGCUGGUCUGAUAUCAGAUGUUUUCGAGCAAUAUACUGAAACAGUCUAAAGACACCCUUACAUCCUCAUCAAGAGGACAAAUAUAACAUCUCUAUAUAUCCACUAAGCAGAGGCAUUAGGCUACUAGAGUGCCUUGCGACAA